UAUCCGAAAAGCCCAAACAAAAACAAACCAUCAGUUUACUACACCAAAUCCACAAAAUCAUUUUGUGUAAUGAAAAUUUGAGGCCCUCUUUUUACUCACAAAUGUUUUUUUCUUUCGAUUUACCCUUUUUUGACUCAUUGUUAAUGCUUCCUCCACAGGAAGAAAGCAGAGGAAACGGAGGCGAAAAAUCUCAGAUAGGCUUUAACAUCACGAAAUGGAGAAGGAAAGCCAUGAGGAGAACAACAACCACACUGUCUCUGGUGAAGUCAUUGCCAAACGGAAACCUGGUCGACCCAGAAAGCACCUCAAGCUAGACUCCACCGAGCAGCCUCGCCACAUUGAAAGCGAUGAAGCUAUGGUUGGGCAGCACGUUACUGGCGUCAUCGAGGCAACUUUUGAAGCCGGCUUCUUGCUUUCGGUUAAGCUUGGUAACUCAGAUACCGUGCUUAGAGGUGUGGUGUUCAGGCCUGGUCGCUGCGAGCCUGUAUCGGUUGAUAACGAUAUUGCUCCUCAUGUUCCAAUGAUAACAAGAAACAGCCACGUGACGCAUCAACAUGGAUUGCCAGCUAAACGAGGUCGUAAAUCUAGGUUCCGUGAGAAGCGUGGUGAUAGAGCAUUGGCUCCUGUCCCGAUUCUUCCCGCUAAUCCAGCAAUGUCCAACCAUCCUUUGGUUCCUGUCGUGGAGAAUGGCAGUGGGAGUGUCCCGGUCCACCAGGGACAUAUGCAGACCGAGUCUCAAGUGAGUGGAGGUAGUAAUAGCAAGCUGUUUGAGACGCUGCUUACACAAGUGAUGAAGGAAGGUCAAGUCCAUAACAGCACGACACGGUUCACUGAACCCGAGUCAGAAGAGCAGGCUCUGUCUAUUGAGCCGUUGCAGGCGAUACACCCGGUCCAUCCAGUACAUAUCCCAAAACCUAUGCCAAGUUAUGGACGUGGCAAGAUGACAGAGCUUCUUCAGGCCGUGCAGGAGAAUGUGAGGGAGACCCAUUUUUCUCAAGGACAGUGAUUCUUGCUGCAAAUCGUUGAGAGUUUUAAAAGUCUGAUUCAGUCUCAUUGUAAUCAGAAAUAGGGAAACAGAAUUUAACUACUGUCUAGCUUAAACAUGUCAGAAAAAGUUUAUGAUGAUUCGUUAUAUAGAUAUGCUCAUAACUACUUUUUCUUAA